GUUGAAAAAAAAAUUUAGUAGGUAGUGAUAUGUGAUUGGGUACAGCGUGAAUUUAUGUAAUCGUUCCACUAAAUUACAUUUUAAAAAAUUUUACCGGAUUUUUUUUUCUUAUUUAAAACAAUUUUAACGACCUAAAUUCGAAUAUGUGGGGCAAAAUAUCGAUUUUUUUCGCAAUUGGUUUGCUACAACUUGAAGCUGCUUGUACCAACUCUCGAUCUUCUCCUCCUACCUUAAGUAUCCAGCAGAAGAUUCAAAAUGAUAUUUUAGAUAACAUACACGCGCACGAUGAUUUUUUAUUGAAAAUAACGCCGCUGGCACAGAAUAUUCAGUUUAUUCCUUUAUCUGCCGAAGUGUCCGUGAAUAUAUUCAAACUUAAGUAUUACUACGAAAGUGACUUGGCUCUUUACUUCACCAAAGAUGAGUAUCUGAACCAAACCUACUUUUUAUCCAGUCUUACGGAUACGUUGCAAAAAUCUUCAGACGUUAAACUUGAAGUGAACAAUGUGAUAUUCUAUGAUCGAGAAAACACAUCUCAGCCAUUCUUAGACGAUGCGAAAAAAUACUAUCACGCCGAGCUACACAACGUUUCCUUUGACCCUACAGAUAACGAAACACUUUUGGUUUCCAUUAACCAAUGGAUUGCUAAAAAUACAAAAAAUCGAGCUCAGAAAUUGUACCAUUUAACAACAAAGGGGAAAAGCUACUUGCAAGUGAGCCUGUUGAGUUACACAGCUUGCUGGGAUAAGCCGAAGACUUCUACCAAUUCAAUCAAAACACUGAACUUCAAAAUACCUCAUCAAGAAAAAAUCAAAAUCCAAGCAUUCAACUCGAAGGAGAAAAUCGGCUACUACAACAAUUCCAAGCUAAAAUACGAAGCCAUCCGGCUCCCUUACAAAAAUAACGAAUUCGCUAUGAUCAUCAUGCUGCCUUACCCAGACCAACAAUUGAAAUCAGUGAGCAAUUUUUCAACCGCCCAAUACCUCCAUUUGUUCGGAAACGUCAGUGCCCAUCAGGAAAACAUCGAUUACACCAUUCCUUCCAUCAAUUUACCAAUGAUCUCUUUAAAUGAAAAUGGCACCGCUGUAAAUGGAGAAGAUCUCAUUGUCUGCGAUUCAUUUCCGGUCCAACAAUCUCUCGUCAAUGGGAAUAAAACGGACUACAAGACGUUUUACGUCGAUAGACCAUUCGGUAUAUAUGUUUACAACGAAAAAACCAAAAUUGUUUUGGUGCAUUCGUGGAUAAAGAACCCUAUUUCGAGUUUGAGCACUGUGGGUUCAUCUCCUAGACAGAAUUCCGAUGUCCUACUCAUUCAAAGUUCAAAUUUGUACGAAAUUUUUCAUAUGCUCCUAUAAGUUGUUAUAAAAAAUACAUUUUUUGCACGUUUGAAAAUAAAUGCUGAAAAUUUA